AUGUCCGCAAGGAAGUAUGUGAAGCGGUUGAUCGUUUGCGUCGAUGCUGAAGAGUACAGCGGGGAAGAUGGAAAUUCAGGAAAUGGAAACGCUAGCAACAUUUUCCGAAUCCAAAGCAUCAUCCCCAACGGCUUCUCCAUCGACCCGCAGGGUCGGACGGUCGAGCAGAGUGUUCGCUACUAUCGCGCCGCCUCUGAUGGACCCAGUUUGAUUGAGAGGUUAAAGAGCCGUGGGCCAACACCGUACUACGAGGACCAGAUCAAAUCCAUCGCUCGUGAAAUAUGCGAGACCCUCGAGGAACCACAGGAUGAGCUCUUCCUGUACGGCUUCGGACGGGGCGCGUUCAUUGUCCGUGCGGUAGCCGGACUGCUCGAUACCAUGUUUCUGCCCAAAAGCACGUCGCUGAGAUACUUCGAUACACUCUAUCGGACUGCGCUGGACGUAUACAGUGCGAGAAGGGAGGAUGAUAAUAGGAACGGGCCCAAGAUGAUCGAGUUUCUUCGGUCGCAUACAACUCGGCCACCGGUAAUUCAAUUCGUUGGGGUCCUGGACACCGUGAAGUACACUGCCGAAGGCCACAUGCAUGACAUCUCAUUUGUCCCGUCCAUAAAAAACCUGCGACAUGCAUUGGCUCUCAACGAGACACGCUCUCAAUUAAAUGUGGAGACUUUUGACACACCAUCUUCUCAAGAUAUGCUGGGGAGGAGUUUUGUUCAAGCAUGGUUCAUGGGCUCAAAUCAAGAUCUUGGGGGUGGCACCCAGGAGGACGGCUUGUCCUUGUACCCCUUACAAUGGAUGCUCAUCGAAAGCAUGCGUGCUGGACUCGUUCUUCAGCCCCAGCAGGACGGAACACUGCCUGUUGCGAAAGAAAAUCCCCUCUCCUUGGCGUUUCCUCAAUACGCGGGCGAGGUACCGAAGCUCGAUGGGAGUGAAAAGAUUGAAUGGCAAAUCUCCCAUGCGAACGGCCUUCGAGUCAGCCUCUACGAUCUGCAAGCUCUGCAUGGAAGCUUUACCGAUAACAACCAAACGCACAAUUUACAAAUCAAUUCUUCCAGUUCACUCUAUAACAGCUCGCGCAAAGUGUUCAAUUCAAAGGGUUUUGUUGGAUGGUGUGAUGAUGGAAGCUACGGAACGAUCAUUCAUCCUUCGGUCUUCUGCAUCCUUGACAGAUAUCCGCGAUUUUACGAACAGUCACGAUUCAAAUCCCUGAAGAAACCUCUCGCAGAUUAUCGGGACCGUUACUUGCUGGAGGAAGGGGGCGCAAUCCCUCCCUGGCUGGAAGGCUUACAACUGCAGGCAAGCGGUGUAAAGGCAUUCCGCAUACUUGUCUGUGGGAAAACGGGUGUUGGCAAGUCGACAUUGAUAAACAAAAUCUUUGGAGUUGAAAUGACCGAGGAGUCCGACAGCUACAAGCAAGGGAAUCACGACAUCAACGAAGCAUUUGAAUCCCCCAAUAAUCCUGGCCUGAUUAUCCAUGAUUCCAGAGGAUGGCAAGCCGGAAGCGACAAAGAACUUGAGUUGAUUGCCAAGUUUCUCCGCUAUCGGGCAUUUCAGAAAGAUCCAGCCGAGGCGUUGCAUGUCAUUUGGUUCUGCGUCGACUCGGACGUCAGCCGUAUCGAGGAGGCCGACAAACGAACCUUUCAAACCAUUGCACAGUUUUCCAACCACGUUCCGGUCUUUGUGAUUGGGACGAAGAAGGACAAGCUGAUUGCCUUCCGCAAGAUGCAAUUGCUGGAGAAGUACAUGGAACAGACGGGCAAUUACCGCGAAUCGCAGCGACUGGCGAACGAUGAAGCGGAUAAAUUGGCGGAGGAACAAUUUAUGGCCCUCCGCCAGGAGCUCUCGCAAAUCAAACAUUACAAGGCAGAUGGGUAUUGCUGUCUCUCCAAAGAUGAUGAUCAAGCAGUCAAGAGACUUUUGACGCAGACCCUAGAUCUGAUUCAAGAUGAAAAGGUCCGAAUCUUUGCAGUUGCGGCACAAGUGGUCGAUGUCGAGCAAAAGAUUGACUCCGCAAUUACAGAAUGCAUGCGCUUGGGCCUUCACGCGGUCCGCACUGCCAUGGUCCCCUUACCGCUCUCGGGCGCGAUAGGCACACCGACUGUUGCGCGAAUCCUGUGCCAGCAUGUUCUUCAAUGUUUUGGGUUCCCCAAGGCGUUACCAGAUGAGGUAGAAGAGAUCAUGACACGGGUUGUCCUAGGCCAUCUGAAAAAGUUUAUGACUGUGACAAUAGCAGAGUUUGUCGGAGUCGGAAUGGUAACUGCGGGCGUCAUUAUCGGCACAAUGGGUGCUGGCGGAGUACUUGCGCUAUCGCUAUGCGUCUUAUCCGUGCCUCCGACGGCGAGGAUGUUGUUCAAGUGUGCUUGCGACAUGAUUCUCAUCCUCGAGCGAGCAUUCCGGUACCAGGGCAAAUACGUUUCGGUGAAGCAGAUCGAAGAUGCAGCCCUCUACUACACAACAGCCAUGACAAAGACCUUUGCUGGGAAAGAACUCCUGUUGCAGAAGCAUGUUCAUGAUGAAGUCGAUCGGUUAAUACCUCUGACCAAGAUAUCUACGGGAAUGAAAUUCAGCAAACUUCGCCCGGGGCUCGAAGACAUUAUCUAUAAGAACCGGUUUCAGAAGUCUGGACCACCCAAAGACGAAGGCAUGCCAAUGGUUCCGGAACUUGGUGGGCAGGAGAUUGCGGAGCUCGACGCUACCACGAGUCCAGUUGAGCUGCCCGGUGGGAGGAGCCUGCCUGUUGAGCUUCCAGCAGAGGUUGGAACCUCGUUGCAAAUCUACGAGAAAGAGACGGUGCCCUCAGGAAUGGCAUCGGCUACAAGCGCUACUACGACUACAGACGAUCUUCUCAGCCUAGAAGAGAAGACCCUCAAUGACCAAGGCCUGUCGGCAACGAGCCAGACAACCUCGUCGUCGCCAACCGAGAUAUCGGUGGAAAGGACAAAGAGUGAAGGGAUGUUCUCAAGAAGUACACGAAAAUUGUCGUCCAAAUUGGGCUUGAGAAAGUCAAAGACCCUGCAGAUUUAG